AUGCACUCAGGAUCCGCGUCCGUGGCGACAGCACGCAGCUAUGUCAAUCCUUUACUCUGGGAAGACCUGCCAGACAUGGAGGUCAUCUGCGUCGAAAACGUAUACUACAUGAGCGUCUCAUCUUUCCACUUCUCCCCUGGCGCACCCAUCCUGAAGUCAUAUAAUUUGGUGGACUGGGCGUACAUUGGCCAUUCGGUCCCCGACUUGGCCGCGUUCGGCCCACGAUUCCGCCUCGAUGGUCACAACACCUCCGGCUAUGUGAAAGGUAUCUGGGCGUCAACUUUCAAAUACCGCCAGAGCGACGGCCUGUUCUACUGGUAUGGCGCUAUCCAGGGAACAGAUCAGACCUUUUUAUAUACGGCAAAGAAAGCUGAAGGACCGUGGACUUCGCACCCACCCAUUGACCACUACUACUACGACGCCGGGUUGCUGGUUGACGACGACGAUACUCUAUAUAUCGCCCAUGGUAACAAGACGCUCCAAAUUGCACAGUUAACACACGACGGUCUUAAGCAGGUCAAGAACCAACUUGUAUACGAGUCCGAGCUGCAUCUUGAAGGUGCUAGAAUGUAUAAAAUCAAGGGCAAAUACUAUGUUUGGGUGACAAACUCGUGGGCUGGGCAGUAUAUGCUUAAAUCCGAUGUCGGGCCAUUCGGGCCGUACGAAUGUCGGAAGGUCAUAGGCGAAAUGCGAGCUCCAAUUGCAGGAGGCGGGCCGCCUCAUCAAGGAGCACUUGUCGAAACUCCUGAUGGCAGGUGGUACUAUAUGGCCUUUAUUGACGCCUUUCCAGCCGGUCGAAUCCCUACGCUGGCGCCCGUUGAGUUCGAUGAAGAUGGUUGGCCUCGAGUUGUCGGCGAUUAUCCCGACAAAGACGGGCAAUGGCGGCUGGAGUAUCCUCUCAUACACGACAACGGCGGCACCAAGAAGCCCAAAGCAAAUAUUACAAAAUACUCAUUUGGUCACGAUCAGCUGGACCACCGCUGGCAAUGGAACCAAAGCCCUGAUGAUUCAAAAUGGAACACGCACCGAGGUCAGCUGGUGCUCGAGACGGCCACUGUAACCGACUGCCUCUUCCUAGCGGCCAACACCCUUACCCAUCGUACCAUCGGACCGAAGAGCACUGCCACCUUUUGUGUGAAUUGUGCUGGUCUAGCCGAUGGAGACAGGGCUGGUGCCUCUCUUUUCCGCAACGAGAGCGCAUACAUCGGCAUACACAAGGAUGCUGACCAGUCGAAGCUGGUUUAUGUCGAUGACUUGAAAAUUGCCCCAGUUGGAGAUGUUAUCGGCUGGAAGGAAGGUCGUCCAGUUUCGCAGGACUGGGAGGUGGUGUCAAAGGGUUCCAUCAAGGCUGAGACUCUACUGGCAACUGAACGAGUUUGGUUGCGAAUUCAUGCUAACAUCGAAGCCACGUGCGCUGACGGGCGGGAAAAAGAGCCGAGACAGGCAUUAUUUGAGUACAGCUUUGAUGGCACUACCUUCACUCAAAUUGGCCCUUUAUUUACUAUGGAUAAUACAGGCCUAGGGUGGUUAGGCUAUCGCUUCGCCGUGUUUAGCUUUGCGACAAAAGCAUUGGGAGGACAGCUGGUAGUAGACACUUGUGAGAUUGAGCAAGCGGAAGAUUGA